AAGCAUCGUUGUUUUACCCCAGAUUCUCUCGUAUUGAGUCUUGACUGAUCUCUUUACUAGGAACGUCAUCUGUAAACAUACGGUAUUAGAGCCAAUGCCAACAGCAAUAUGUUGACAAGCCUAUGUACCUUGUCAGCUUGGGAUCUACUGUGUAGUUUUACCCAAUGAGGUAUGUCACCCGCUUGAAAAAAAUGGUCAAAUACAUGAACUACCCUAGGUAGGAAGAGCAAAGGGCCUUCUUGGCCCAGCCUAAUUGUGAAGUUUUGGUAUGGGUACCAUGAUCAGAAACUUGCUUUCCAAUGCUAUAAGUAUGUAGCAGGUUGCAGAUUUACGCGAAUAAAUCUAGCCCCUCCUCCUUUCUACGCUGCUUCCCUCUUACAGUUGAAUUAAUCCCCCUCCCCCCAAACGGCGUCCACCAAGAUGAAGGCGAUCGCUGGUUUGUUGUUGCUUGGUUCGAGCUUGGCUUGCGCCUCGUGGGUUCCUACUGCACCUGGGCUGUCUCCAGCUCUCGAGCCCCGUUGGCGGAGCCGUAUAAGUCGUCGUCAGGAUAACUCGACUGGGCAGUGGCCUUAUGGGCCACUGAGGACGAAGGGUAGAGAUGUAGUGAAUAGUCGUGAUGAAGUUGUCACAUGGGCUGGUGUAAACUGGCCCAUGAGUGGCGAGACGAUGGUCCCUGAAGGUUUGGAGUGGAAGUCGGCCGAAGCUAUAUUGGACGACGUCGUUAGUGUAGGGUUCAACUACAUCCGCAUGGGCUAUGCGAUCCAAAUGGUCGAUGAGAUAUACGACCGUGGAGGUCAAGAUGUGCCCCUCGAAGUUGCCAUGGUCAUGGCCCUUGGCUACGAAAAUGGCACCAAGGUCACAAACGAGAUAAUUUCCAAAAACCCCAGCUGGACGCGCGAGACGACCCGCUUCGAGAUCUGGUCGGAUAUCGCGGACAUCGCCGCGUCCAAAGGCGUGUAUAUCCACCCCGACGUGCACGUCGGCAAGGCGCAAUGGUGCUGCAGCCACACGGACGGCAACGCCUGGUUCGACGACAUUAAUUUCAACGCGUCCAACUGGCGCCGCGGGCUCUCGCACGUGGCGACCUGGGCUAAGAGCCACCGAAACAUCGUGUCCAUGUCGCUGCGCAACGAGCUGCGCGAGUCCUGGAACCGCACCAACCUAUACUACAACUGGGAGACGCUUGUCGGCAACAUGAGCGCCGGCGCCGACGCCAUCCACGCCGCCAACCCGGACCUGCUCAUCACCUUCUCGGGAAUGCAGUACGACCAGGACCUGUCGGCCCUCACCACCGGCGCGAACCUGCUCACGGCCCCGUGCUACAAAUGCACUGCGAUCCGCGACGCCGCCCGCCGCCCCCCUGUAUACUUCUCGCUCGACGACCAUGCGUGGGCCGACAAGAUCAUCUGGGAGCUGCACCUGUACCCGAUGAGCGAGGACCUGGACACGGGCACGUGCGCCGCCAUCGAAGCCGCCCUCUACCGCAACGGGUUCAACGCCCUCGGCAUCGACGCCCCCCAAAACUGCUCCUCCCUCAUCCCCGGCAGCGCCGAGUGCGCGCCCGCCAACCGGCUCACCCCCGUCGUGUUCUCCGAGUUCGGCGCCGCCCAGGACGACACCCUGUACGCCAACGACGUCCAGAACUGCAUCCGCGCGUACACCGAGAAGCACGGCGUCAGCUGGAUGGUGUGGGGGCUCGCGGGCAGCUACAGGAUCAGGUCGGGCGGUCAGGGGGUCCCGGAUACCUGGGGCAUGACGAGUGCGGAUUGGAGCGGCUGGAGGAGCCCCGGCACGGUGGAGGGGUAUUGGCGGCCGUGGGUUAGGGCUAUGAAUGUUACGAGGGCGUGAUUGUGUGGGUAGAUAUGGUAAGGUGGAGGAUGGAUGGGGAAGAUGCUACAUAUAUAUAUAUAUAUAUAUGUGUGUGUGUGUGUGUGUUUGUGUAACUACUGGUUAAUAUCUACAUAAGUUAUCUGUAUGCCUA